CGAAUUGACCAAAUUAAUCUUUUUUUUCUUUACAGUUAGAUUUUAAUGAUAUUUUAAAUGUCAUAUAGGAAGCAUAGCUCGCUGUAACAAACAAAGGAACGGGCAUAAUUCCAUCCUGUUAUUUUCGACACAAACAUUGAUUUUCACUGAUAGAUGAUUAGUCUGACGGAACUCUCCCAAAAGAUUGGUGGCUAACAGUUGAAAGGCUCGAAUUCAAAACCUUCAACCGGACAUUCAUCUUUAUCUUCGCAUGAAUGGCUGUAGAGAUGCUGAAACUCGAUCAAUCUGUAUUAAUGUCUUUGGUGAUAUAUAUUCAACUGUCAAUCUCCAGUCUCCAAGAAAAAUCAAAAAGUAGAAGAAAGAAUCUCCACAUCUCUAAGAAUAGCGUGACAGGCAACUUAUAAUCCAUCAUCCAUGGAAAAAGACACGAAAAAGAGCAUGGAAGAGCGUUUACUACUACCAGAAAAGAGAUCAAAUGAGGGAAGAGAAGGUAUAGCUCAAACAUGGCGUGAGUUUACUCAAGAAGUGAAAAGGCUAGCUUACAUAGCAGGACCCAUGGUGGUUACUACGACAGCCCUCAACUUGUUGCUGGUUAUUUCAAAUAUGAUGGUGGGUCAUCUUGGUGAGCUAGCUCUUUCUAGUUCUGCCAUAGCUAUCUCUCUCUGUAAUGUUACCGGCAUCAGUCUUCUAAAUGGAAUGGCAAGUGCACUGGAAACUUUAUGUGGGCAAGCUUAUGGAGCUCAACAAUAUCGAAAAGUCGGAAACCAAACUUAUGGUGCCAUGUUCUCCCUAAUUUUAGUUGCUCUCGUUGUAUCUCUGGUUUGGAUCAACAUGGAAACGCUGCUCAUAUUAAUUGGCCAAGAUCCCAUAAUUGCACACGAAGCUGGCCAGUUUACAUUAUGGCUCAUUCCUACCAUUUUCGCUUAUGCAAUAUUUCAGCCACUUUCUCGAUACUUGCUAGUGCAAAGUAUAAUCAUUCCAAUGCUUGUAAGCUCUUGUGUCACUCUCCUCUUACAUAUACCUCUAUGCUGGCUUUUAGUAUUCAAGUCUGGACUAAGAAACCUUGGAGGAGCAUUAGCUGUCGGUAUUUCAUAUUGGUUGAAUGCAAUUUUUCUUAUAUUAUACGUUAAAUACUCUCCCGCCUGUGCCAAAACCCGUGUCCCAAUUUCUAUAGAACUGUUCCAAGGAAUCGGAGAGUUCUUCCGCUUUGCUAUACCAUCUGCAAUGAUGAUUUGCCUGCAAUGGUGGUCAUAUGAGAUUGUCAUCCUGCUAUCAGGGCUCUUAUCAAAUCCACGACUUGAGACUUCAGUCCUGUCUGUAUGUUUAACAACGAUCGGAACACUCUAUUCAAUUCCAUAUGGACUAGGCGCAGCAGCCAGCACUAGAGUCUCAAAUGAAUUAGGAGCUGGGCGCCCGCAAGCAGCACGUAUUGCUGCCUACUCUGUGAUGAUUCUUGCAAUAAUAGAGUUAUUUGUUGUGAGUGGAACCCUCUUUGCCACGCGACACAUUUUUGGUUACAGUUUCAGCAAUGAGAGGGAAGUGGUGGACUAUGUCUCCAACAUGGCCCCUCUGGUUUGCCUGUCUGUUAUAAUAGAUGGCUUACAAGGGGUGCUUUCAGGUGUUGCAAGGGGAUGUGGUUGGCAGCAUAUAGGGGCUUCCGUCAAUCUUGCAGCAUUAUAUCUAUGUGGCGUUCCCGUUGCUGCCAUACUGGGCUAUUGGUUUCAGUUGAAAGCAAGGGGCCUUUGGAUUGGCAUACAAGCCGGUGCCAUUUUGCAAACAGUUCUGCUGUCUCUUGUAACAAGUUGUACGAACUGGGAAAAACAGGCAAGGCAGGCAAGGGAAAGGGUAUUUGAGGAAAGAUCUUCAGAAGAAAACACUUUAGCGUGAAGGAACAGGGGCGACGAACAAGUUUAGUUUCUAGCAGUUUUAAGAGACAACAAUUAGAUUAGCAGCUUAUGCAACUUUGUUCCCAGUCUUUGUGGCACCAAAGCUUCUGUAUUGAAGAUGAGAUUUAAUGUCCAUCCUGGAUUAACUUGAUGAUGAGACAAUGAUAAAGAGCAUGCAGUUUUAAUUUAUCAUGACGUGAUAUGCUUAUUAUUA